UCCACAGUGUCACGUCCUCCUCGUCCGUGUCGUAGCAGAAGGAACGUCAGUCGUCGAGAAAGCAGCCGUACAAAAGGUAAAUUGGCGAGUCGCGAGGAUCACGCUAAUAAAUCCGACCGUCGGCGUAACCAGAUGGAUCAGUAGAUCUGCGAGCCUCCUCCGCUCGAGAUGUCGUCGUCGAAGUUGAUAGUGGUGGGUUGUCUGAUCCAGCUGUUGCUGCUGCUGGUGUCCGACGGAACCGAUGGCGCGGGUGUGAGCUUGUACGAGAAGCACCUGCUGAAACGACAGGCCGAUAGUGCCGUGUCCAGCAAGGACGAAAAUACCGGGUUGUAUGAUAGCAACGAUUCGGUCAUCUCGCUGAAUGCUGCAAACCUGAAGGCGCAGGUGUACGGAAAGUCGCACGCAUCGCUGGUGGAGUUCUACAACUCGUACUGCGGCUUUUGCCGGCGUUACGCCCCAGUCUGGAAGCAGCUGGCGAGCGAUAUCCUGGGAUGGAAUAGGCAGGUGAAGGUGACCGCACUGGACUGCUCACGGGACGAGAACAACGCCAUCUGUCGGGAGUUUGAGGUGAUGGCCUACCCAACGAUUCGGUUCUUUGCGCCGUACUACGAGGAUGGUGAUCAGAAAAUUGGCGACUCGCUGAGCGCCCACGCCGAAGCCGAGGUCAUCAACGCGCUGAUCGAGCACAUGCACAACGUGACCCACAAGCCAUCAGGCUGGCCCGAAUUCGCCCCGCUGGAUCUGUCCACGCUCAAAAAGGCGGACCUGUUCGCAACCCCGGAAGGUCGCACGGUUCCGCCCAAGUACGCGUACCUCGUCAACGAAAACGAACCCAACGGAACGACUGUGGGUAGUCAGGUUAUUCUGGACUUUGUGGAUACUAGUUUGGCGGUGGUUCGGAGGACCACGGAUAAAACGGAACCGAGUGGGUUGAAGGUGAUUGUCGGGGGGACGAUGGGUGAGAUUCGGUUGCCGGUGGACGAGUUUAGUCGGGAGAAGGUGGCCGGGGCGAUCCGGAGGCACUUGAACGAACACCACAUUAGUGUGACUGAGGUGUCGACCAAGUCGACGAGUAAGGACACGGUAACGGAGCAGGACAUAUCGGCGAUUAUGGAGCAAAAGCAGGAGGAAGCGCUGAAGGAGAGGGUGCAGGAACUGGGGCCGACGGUGAUCUAUCAAGCAGAUUUGGAGGAGGCGGUACGGUUUGCACUGUUCAAGGAGGUGGCGAGGUACAAGAAGAUUGACGGAGAGCGGUUGCUUGCGUUGCAGCGUUUUCUGAACGUUCUGGUGCGGUACUUCCCGUUUAAUGAUAAUGGGAUGAAGUUUUUGAAGGAGGUGCGGCAGUACGUGCUGAACGCGGAGAGUGAAGUGAAAGCGGAAGAGUAUACGGUGCAGAUCAAGCAACUGGAGCAGAAUCGAGCGCCGGUGUUCAGCUCGACCCGGUGGAUGGGAUGUUCUAGCGAGAAGGAUGGCUUGAGGCGGUAUCCUUGCGGCCUUUGGACACUGUUCCACUAUUUGACGGUGCAAGCAGCAGAGUCGGAAAUCUCCACAGAUCCGCUGGAGAUCCUACAGGCCAUGCACGGCUACAUCAAGUACUUCUUUGGUUGUUCCGACUGUUCCAGUCACUUCCAGCAGAUGGCUGCGCGGAACAAAAUUUGGAACGUGACUAGCAAAGACGACGCGAUCCUUUGGCUGUGGUCGAGUCACAACGAGGUCAACAAGCGACUUUCCGGUGACGCUACGGAAGAUUCGGACCACCCGAAGAUCCAAUUUCCAGACGCCGAAACGUGCCCCGAGUGUCGCAAGAAGAUGCUUACCAAUCACCACAACCACCGGCAGUACACGCUGGACGACGGCCACGAGUGGAAUCUACUCGAAGUGUUGGCGUUCUUGAAGCGAAUGUACGGAUUCGACAAUCGUCAUCCGCUGGGACUGCAGGAAGCUGGACUGGUGCCGCAACGAUUAGUUCACGGCGAUAGCUAUCAUCCUGCGGGAGGCAAUCGGAUCUUUGGAAACGUGCUGAACGAAAUGGACAUCCGGAUGGGAGCGCUGCUGUGGGUGUUUUGCGUGGUGAUACUGGUGAUCGCGGUCAAGUUGGUGGUGCGACGGGGCUACCGCAAAAAGUUGUACACGCAUGACAUUCUUGGGAAGGUGUAGACGCCAAACUUACGCUAGUCCGCACGCAGAGAAGCUAACCGACAAGACUUUUAACCUAUACCAGAAUAAAAGGGGAACGUUCUUUCAGUCUCUAAUUGACACACUCCGUUAAGAAUUAACGCUGAUUCUUGUGAUUUUAGUAAGAAAUAAAUAAAAUUGGUUUAUUUAGUUGGCCAACAUUCCAAAUGUAAACAGAA